UUAGGGCUUCUUUGGUCUUCCGCCCGUUCCAAACUGAAGUCGAACGGGAGGAGGAAACGAGAGGGCUCUGCGCUCUAUAGGGCUACUUCGAUCCUCACAUGGCUCUGCGCUUUUACGAUAUAGCUGACCCCUUCGUCUUUAGGUGCUUCUUGCGAAUCUCGCCUCCCGGCUAUCUUCGGCAUUCGAUUCCCGCUGUCUUGUUGGCCUUGUCCCGGCUUCUGUUCCGAUUGGAAAGCUUGGUUUUGACGUUUCAGGGCUUUCGCCAUGGCAAACGGUCACCGGCGCAAGGCUGGUAGUCAUCAGUUUGACAGCAGCUGUACUGGCAGCGUGAGCUCCAUCUCGACGAGAUUUUCGGAGCUAACGCUGGAUGAUGACGAGACAGAAUGCGUGGACUUGCAAGACUUCGAUCUAGAGAAGGGAUCUACGAGAGAGAAAGCUUUGUCCGGGGCCAUCGAUGCAUUUGAAGGACUUGAUCUCCUAAAAUUUGUUGAAAACAACAAUGGAAACGAGACCACUUCAUCCUUCAAGAAGAAUAAAGAGCAAAGCACUUUGAAGAAUUCUUCUCCCUCUGGCCUCCCAUCUUUAUUUUGGUCAUUAUGAUCUUGUAAAAGUUGACAUGUAAAUGACAUUCUUGUCGAUGGAAAUCUGAUAACUAAUUUUUCUUGUGUCUUCA